GAGAGAGAGAGAGAGUGGGGAAAGCUGAACUCCUUUCAAGCCAUGGCUCCACUGCUGCAACUUCCCUUCUUCUUCUUCUUCUUCGUCUUCUUCUUUUCUUUCUCUCUCCUCACAGAUGGUGACAACACUUCUCACGUAGAGCAAGCCGGAAACUUCCAUAUUUACUAUGGCCAGAGCUUCAAAGUCAUAAAGAACGCGCUUGAUGGCCAGAGCUAUUUGCUGCUCCAGAAUUCUUCACGAGCGGCAACGAGAUCGAGAUACUGCACUGGAAGAAUCAAAUCCUUUGUCAUUCCCCUUUCUAAUUUCUCCAUUGACACCACCACAGUUCCAGUUUCAUUCUUUGAGCUUCUAGGUUUGUUGGGAAGCUUGAAGGCCAUAACAUCAGAAUCCAUGUCAUCCGAGUGCUUACUGAAAACGUACAUGGGAGGAGAGAUAGAAAUCGUAAAUAAAAGCGAGACCAAUCAGCUCGCAACUCAAUUCACGGCUCACUUCAUUGGUGAGAAGAGGCAAAGUCGAGCUUGCAAUUUCGUCACCUUUGAACCCUCAGAAGAGAACACUCCUUUGCAGCGCACAGAGUGGAUCAAGUACUUGGGAACUUUUCUAAAUGUGGAAGCCAGGGCAAACCAGGUCUUUCAAGCAGUAAAAGAGAAUUAUGGUUGUUUGAUCAAGGCUGCAGCAAACACUUCUGCAACAUCUUUUAAGCCAGUUGUGGCAUGGGUGGGAUGCAAUGAGGGCAUGUGGUCUUUUUCUCAUGAUACAUACAAAAGCCAGUAUGUAGUGGAUGCCGGUGGGGAGAACUUGGAGGAUUCUCUUGAGGCUAAUGCUUACAACAUGUCUAUUCCACAAGAUUUAGAUGAUUUCAGAGCCCUAUUAUGUACAUUGGAUGUGGUGAUUGAUGAAACCUAUGCAAGUGACCCAUCAGAGUACACACUCUCCACCUUCAUGCAAAAUGUCAACAUAUCUGACAAUGACUGCUUCUCUUUCUUGACAAACCGGAGCCUCUGGAGAUAUGAUAAGAGGGUCCAUAACACCACCCUUGAUUGGUUUGAUGGAGCCAUCUCCCAGCCUCAGCUAGUUCUUGCAGAUCUGAUUGAGGCCUUCUUCCCUACAGGGAACUACACAACAACUUAUCUAAGAAACAUUGCCAAGGGUGAAGGAAUCACAGACAUAGCUCCAGAGAGGUGUGGGAGGAGUUCAGAUACUGCCAUGGAUCCAACAAUUGUACCAUGCAAUACCAUUUCAUGAUUCAUGAAGCGUCCUGUUUCAUUGUGUUUGAUGCUCCAUUCCUGGGUUAGGUGUAAUGUUAACUUAAUUUAUAACUCUACAUUAAGCUUUAAUGGGCAUUCAAUAAGCAGGAGUUGGAAAACA